UGCAACUUAGGAAGACGAUAUUUAUUAUUCAACUCUCUCUCUGUCUCUCUCUCUCUCUCCAGAGAUUGAACCCAACCUCCUCACACCCAAAUAAUACCAACUCUCUUCAUUGGAUAUCCCAUGGAAGCCACAAACAAACAAAUCCCUGAAAAUGAACUCUUCAAAUGUUCAACUUCAACACAUCUCAUCUCAGACUGCUUCGUCAACCCAAAACACCACGUCGAGGCCUCCAAGCAUCCCAUCUUCUUGUCUCCAUGGGAUCUCGCCAUGCUCUCCGUCCAUUACAUCCAAAAGGGCCUUCUCUUUCUCAAGCCCCCCUCCCCCCAUCAACACUUUUCUCUCCCCUCCUUCCUCCAAACUCUCAAGGAAUCCCUCUCCCUCACUCUCGUCCAUUUCUACCCUCUCGCCGGCCGAUUGGUAACCCUCAACCAACAAAGCCCACCUUCUUCCUCCGUCUAUAUUGAUUGCACCCGCAGUCCCGGUGCCAGAUUUAUUCACGCCGCCGUCAAUCUCACUGUGUCUGAUAUCCUUUCGCCAGUUGACGUUCCGGUCAUCGUCCAGUCGUUCUUCGACCACGACCGGGCGAUCAACCACGACGGCCACACCAGGCCGUUGCUAUCGGUUAAGGUGACGGAUUUGGUUGACGGUGUCUUUGUGGGAUGCUCGUUCAACCACGCCGUAGGCGACGGGGAGUCCUUCUGGAUGUUCUUCAACACCUUGUCGGAGAUCUUCAGAGCCCAGGGGGGCUCCGAUUUUCCCAUUUCGAGGCUCCCAAUUCACAACCAGUGGAUUCUCAACGGCCACGGCCCCCUUCUGCGCCUGCCGUUCGCCGACGAGGACCAGUUUCUCAGCCGACACGAAGCUCCGCCUCUCCGAGAAAGGAUCUUCCACUUUUCAUCCCAAUCAAUAGCCCAACUCAAAGCAAAGGCCAACCAAGAGAAUAACACCGACAAGAUCUCCUCCUUGCAGGCCGUGUCGGCGGUGGUUUGGCGGUGUAUCACGCGGGCUCGCCGCUUACCAGACGAGCAGCAAACCAACUGCAGAAUGGCGGCGAACAACAGAUCGAGAAUGGAGCCACCGGUGCCCAAAAACUACUUCGGCAACUGCAUUCAAGUAGUGUGCGCGAGUUCCACGGCGGCGGAACUUCUUGGGGGCGGGUUUGGGCGGGCGGCGUGGCUGUGCCACCGAGCGGUGGGGACCCACACCGACAAGGUGGUGCGGGAGUGGGUGGGGGGCUGGCUCGAGUCGCCAAUCGUUUACCAGCUGGGGCGGUUAUUCGAUCCUUGCAGCGUGAUGAUGGGCAGCUCGCCGAGAUUCGACGUGUAUGGGAACGAGUUUGGAAUAGGCAAGGCGGUAGCGGUGCGAAGUGGGUACGCGAACAAGUUUGACGGGAAGGUGACUCUGUAUCCUGGGCGUGAGGGCGGCGGGAGCAUGGACUUGGAGAUUUGCCUCUCGCCGGAAACAAUGGCGGCUUUUGAGUCUGAUCGGGAGUUCAGGGAUGCUGUCUGGGAAUCUGAUUAGAUCGAUGCACUGAUUUUGAGAAGUUGUGUGUGCAAUUCCUUGUAGCAAUAAUUUGAGGGUUCAAGCCUAUUUGCAUGACAGAGUGAGGGUGAUGUUUUCGUGUCAAAUGGAAUAUUUUCCAAUCGAAUAUAUUAAAAAUUACUAAUUAAAUC